AAUUUACUUCUAAAUCAAGCACAAAAGCAGAAUCUUGCUGUAACACGUCACAGAGCAGACGUACGAAAGUCAGAACAAGGAUAUCUCUCACCUGCUGCUCAGGUGUGCGCUCUUCCCCGAAGCCCCACCUCCCCUCCCUUCUCCUCUAGCUGCUGCCCCUGCUGUUCUUUGCUCCCCUCCCUCCUCCCCCCUUCUCUCUUCUAUCAGCCGCUCUAUUCAGUUGUAGCUGCUGUCAGGAAACAACCUGUUUCUCCGCUGUUCAGUCCCGACGCCAUACCAGCGUCUCCCUUAACUUUUCACCACCAUGAGUGUCGUGGCCUCAGAGACUGCGUUUUACUCCGCUUUACAGCCCAGCACCUCCGUCACCACCUACGGGCUGCCGUCUGAAAGCCACCUGGAGCAUGGAGGCUCAUUGUCGGACGAGAUGUCCAGGACGCUGCGAGUCCAGCAGCAGGUCAAGAUGAGACUGGCGGAGAAGUCCACACUUCCGCGACAGAACGGCUCUUCCUCGCAUUACGCCAUGUCAGAUUAUGGUGGCUCUUCAACAAUGAAGUAUCCAAGCUACACCCCAGGCUACAGCUCAAAGUCAUCCUAUAUGUACUCAGGCUCCAAGACAAUGGGCCCACGUAUAUCACAGAAGUCUGGUUUCAGCUGCCAGUCUGCUGGCCCAGAUCUAGCUCAGCUCCACAGGAUCACGGUUGGAGGAGGAGGUGGUGGUGGCGGUGGCAGCAUGUACAGAGAGGAUAUGCGCAUGGGAGGCUUCCAGGUACCAGUCAGACAGCACAGCCGUGGAGAAUCAGAGAACUACUCCGUACAUUCAAUGAGACAACAGCCAAUGACCAUCAAUCCUUGGAUGAUGGAUGGCAGCGAUGGCGGCAGCUUGAUCUCAGACCGGGAUGCCACCUUCAACCGUCAGUACGGCCAGUGCACAAUGAAUGGCUACAACACCACCCAGGUGAGACAGGGUGGGGGCAACGCGGCCUAUGUGCCAACCCUGCAACGAUCGCUCAGCGGUACGUUGUCCCGUGCCGGGGGGAUGACGGGAGGAGAUGUUGAGAUUGGCCCGCAGCAUUCGUUCAAAGGCCCAGCCCACCGCACCAUCAGCAGGAUUACAAACCGAAACCGGAUGAGUUUAGGUCCCAUGUCGGGGGUCUCCUAUGUCAGGGGAAGCGACACGGUGGACAGAGGGUUCAUUUCCGGAAUGUCCUCGGGUUCCCAGUCAAACCUAAUGAUGCGUCCGGGAACCCUUUCUCGUGCCAUGUCGAUCAAAAGCAUGCACAGUGUGGGCAGAGGCGGUGACAUCUACCCUGGGCAGAUGGAGAGGGGAAUCAGCAUGGGCAACCUCAGCGGGAUCAACUCCUUGGACAUGCCCACAGCAGUGCAACACCUGAGAGAGUCUGACCACGACCUGCAGGUCCUGGGCGCCGCCUACAUUCAACAUGAGUGUUACAAUGACAACGAGGCCAAAAAUGAGGUGCGUCGUCUGAAAGGCAUUGCUGAUCUGGUGAAGCUGUUCAACAGUGAGAACGAGGAGGUGCAGUGCUACGCCACCGGUGCGGCACGGAACCUCAUCUACGAAAACAUGGACAACAAAGUGGCCCUGAUCGAAGAGGGUGGAAUUGGACAGCUGACGGAGGCGCUGAAGGACUCCAACGACGAGCUGCACAAAAACAUCACAGGAAUCUUGUGGAAUCUCUCAUCCAAGGACAAUCUGAAGGAGAAGCUGGCCAGGGAGACUCUUCCCGACCUGACUGAGAAGAUCCUCAUCCCUCUGUCUGGCAGCGGGGACUCGGAGGAGCUCCAUCACUCCCCCUCUGAGGCUGACAUUUUCUACAACACCACAGGAUGCCUCAGAAACCUGAGCUCCGUGAAUGAGAAGACCCGUCAGCAGAUGAGACAGACACACGGACUGGUGGACUCAUUGGUUGGCUACAUCAGGGCUUCCCUUGAACAGAACAAGGCAGAAGACAAGGGUGUGGAAAAUGCUGUGUGUGUCUUGAGAAACCUGUCCUACCAACUGUACACUGAGAUGCCGACGUCUGUCAUGGCACGUCUGGAAGGACCAACCAGAGAUCAGGACUCAGGAAAGGGCGACGGUAUUGGUUGCUUCGCGCCUCACAGCAGGAAAGCCAAGAACAGCAGGAAACAGGACCUGUCCACGUUCACUGAGGUGGCUCGAGUACCAAAGGGCACUGAGUGGCUGUGGCACCCCCAGAUAGUUGGACUGUACAACAACUUGCUGAUGACGUGCGAGAUCAACUCCACCACCCGUGAGGCAGCAGCUGGAGCUCUGCAGAACAUCACAGCUGGAGACAAGAGAUGGGCGUCAGUGCUGAGCCGUGUGGCUCUGGAGCAGGAACGCAUUCUGCCCGUGCUGCUGGACCGUCUGCGUACAAACAGCGACCUGGAGCUGCGCUCCAUCACAGGGCUUCUCCGAAAUCUGUCUCGCCAUGCCAGAGACAAGAACGACAUGGCAACAAAGGUCGUGAACCACAUGGUGACCAAGCUGCCAGCAGAUGGACACCAGAAGGAGCCGUCCAGCGAUGUGGUGGUCAACAUCUGUGGUGUCCUCAACAACCUGGUGACCUGCAGCUCUUUAGCUGCCAGAGACAUCACCUACUUUGACGGAAUUCCAAAACUGAUCUCCAUCAAAGAAUCGGCCAACAGCAGCUCUGGGAAGAUGAAAGCAGCUAAAGCAGCAGCCACAGUUCUCAGCAACAUGUUCCAGUACAAGAAACUGCACAAACAGUUCAAACAGAAAGGAUAUUCAAGGGUGGAUUUUGCAGACAUGUCCAUCUAACCCCUAACAGGACAGUGAUACGAAUCACCAGCAGGAAAAAACAACAACUUUUAAACAAACUCUUCAUACUAACAAAACAAAUCUUUAUCUCCCAUGCUUUGCUAAAAGAAAGUUGACCAACAAGUGUGGGUUGAUUGACAACUCAGAACACGGUGUGUCAUGAUGGACUGAUGAUGGCCUCAUGGUGCACCUUUACUUCCCAAUGAUUGAGCUGUUUGUGUGUUUAAUGUGGAAUCAGGGACUUUUUUUUUUCAAAGGUAUAUAAGUUUUUUAAAAAAAAGCAUUAUGGUAUAUCUUUGUUUCUUCAUAAACGUUUAAACUGUAGUGCCUUAUUUCUAUAGCCACAACCUAAAUGCAGAACAAGUUGGUAUUGAAAGCCUUUUUGUAAAUACUUCCUCUUUUACACAGAAAUUUAAUUGUAUGUUCAGUAAAGCGUUUUUUUUUUCAGUCCUACAUGAAUGUUCAAAAAUAUGAAAUAACAUAUAGCGAAUACUGAAUGUAAACC